UGUUGUCCAAUUCAAGAUUUGUUAGUCCUGGAAAUAAUUUAAUUGAAAAAGGAUGUUUUGUCAAAUUUAGAUUAGUUACGUGGACUGGGGUGCAUAGGUUAGGAUACGCUUUGGUGAACUCAGACGAUGACUUCCGCUGCAAUGUAAACAUCCUUCUGGAAAGAACAAGUAGCAAGGAAAAUGAGCACACCAGUCAACGGUAUUAGGCGGAAAAGCAAUUCGGAGUCAGAGUCAAUGGAUCUUGUAAACGAUAAAAUGGUGACAUUUAACUUGGGUGAAAAUUUCACCGACGAAUCGGAUGGUGGUAGUCAAGUAAAUGGAGUGAAAAGGAGAAAUGCAAGAUUUUCAAGAACCAGGAGAACAAAGUCUCUGUAUGGUGUCAUGCCAAAUUGCAAGUUUGGUCCAUGUGGUUCCAUCUUGGAUGAUUCAGCAACCUCUUUGUCUUGUGACAACUGUUAUCAAGUACAGGGGAUUAAAGAAACUGGAGAUCAUCUACUACUUAUUUAUCCUCCAACAAAAGAUGGACAGCCUAAGACUCUCGGAAUGAGUUCCUCCCUAGGAAAAACUUUUCUGGUGGUUUGUAGCCUUUUUGCCUUAAUAUCCCUAGUGACUUCAGUGGAAUAUAAUCUGAAUGUUGAUACAAAAGACGUAAGAAAUGAUUUGACACAUUUCUGGAAGAGUACAGGCUUUUCUCCGCCAUUGCCUCACAAGGAUGCAUACAAAUUUGAAUUUAGCAAAGAUGUCCAACUGAACAUGGCUCUGAUUGGUUCACUUCCUCACACUGGUAUUAAACAGGUCAGAAUUCAUUGGUUGUUGGAGCUUGUUAAUGUGAAACAAACCAAUGGCAAUGUGACUUAUGAUUUUUCAAAAUUGGAUGAUGUGAUCAGUUUGCUAUGGACCUAUGGUUUAAAACCAGGAUUUGAACUUAUGGGAAACCCAUCAGGCAUUUUCAAUGACUUUGAUAACUCAACACAGGUAUACAUGUGGAAGGAUAUGAUAACCCAGUUAGCAUCAAACUACAUAGACCAGUUUGGCCUGAGCGAAGUCAUGGAUUGGAACUUUGAGACUUGGAAUGAGCCAGAUUGUCAUGAUUUUGACAACAUUAAGUUUUCAGUUCAGGGAUUUCUGAAUUAUUAUGAUGCCUGUUCAGAGGGUUUGCUAGCAGCCAGUCCCCUCCUGAAGUUUGGGGGUCCUGGGGAUGGUUGUGAUGGACCUGGAAAUACCAAGUUUUCUGAUGCUCUCCUAAAUCAUAUUGUCAAUGGGACAAACUUCUUCACAGGCAAAAAAGGCAACAGGAUAGAUUUUCUGUCAUAUCACAGAAAAGGAGAUGGUUCCUCAGCUAACAUUUAUCAGUAUGAACUUAAAACAGUGUCAGAAAUUCAGAAAAGAUUUCCAUCUCUCUCCAUGGUUCCUUUCUUUAAUGAUGAGGCAGAUCCGAUGGUGGGUUGGAAUAAAGAUCUAGCAUGGCGUGCAGACUCCACUUAUGCUGCUAUGGUUGCUAAAGUUAUAGCCCAACAUCAGAACAUGAUCUUGGCUAAACAACCGCCAUAUAUGAAUUACUCACUUCUUAGUAAUGAUAACGCCUUCCUGAGCUAUGUUCCACAUCAGUUUACUCAAAGAACUUUGACUGCAAGAUUCCAAAUGAACAAUACAGCAACCCCGUAUGUUCAGUUAGUUUUAAAGCCAGUUUACACUGUAAUGGCAGCAUUAUCACUUUUGGGAGACAAACAGUUACACGUAAACUUAACUACUUCAGGAGAGUUUGGUAACAAUAUUGUUUUGAAUGAUAGCAAUGUGGGUGCACUAGCAAGUCUUCAUGUACCUUACAAAGGUAUUCCAUCUUCAGAUGCUUUGCAAGUAGCUGUGCUUAUAUACAGCAGCAAUGACACCUCAUCCCUCACGAGGACAGAUUCAAUAAUUGUGAGUUUGAAUUUGGACAAAUCUGGUGACUUUGCAAUAGUGGAGUAUUACAUUGACAAUACUGUUACAAAUCCUUAUGGUGUGUGGCAGACACAGGGCAAACCAUCUUUUCCUUCUGUUCAGCAGUUCAGGGAAAUGCGUUCUCAAGAAGGGCUGAUGUCUUCACCUGUUAAAUAUUUUAUUAAAAAGAAAGAUUCCCAUAUAUACAGACACAGAUAUUCACAACUAUUACAGCCAGGAGUAAUACUAAUCCAUGCAUGUGCAAAAUCCAAACUUCCCCCAGACCAAGUGACGGGCAUUGUGGUCCACAACAUCACUGUUGGCCAAGUUUUGAUAACAUGGUCAGAUCACUGUGUAAACACCAAGUGCAUUCUGUACUAUGAUGUAGAAUUCUCCAAUAAGGCACAGAGUGGUCCAUUUACAAAAAUUAACAAUGACACUUCCAUCAUAACAGCCUUUAACUAUGCACCUAAUGUUAAAGUUCUAACAGAUGACUUGGUAGCUGGGUUUUAUCGUAUUCGAGCUGUGGACUAUUUUGAGAGGCCAGGAGCCUACUCGCUUCCUGUUCAGUACCCUGAUAAGACAUAAAACAACCCCUAACUGAAUUGUCAGCUUACACAAC